AUGCGCGUCCGCGUCACACUGUCGCGUACUGUCUCGCUUCACCAGAAGCUCCUGAACCAGCUACUAACUACCUAUACUUACCCGACGCGGCUUCCGCCAACCAUUCAAUACGCACACUCAUAUCGCGAAAGCAGCGCUGCUUCGAAAAUGCCUCCAAAGAAGACCGUGAAGCGGAAAGCCAUAGUAUCCAGCGACGUCAACGGCCACCCCAUCAAGAAAGCCAAGCUAGACAUCUCCUCACCCGACGACGAUCCCCUGCGCCAACCCCAUCACUUCGCGCCCGAGACCGAAGAGCACGGCAUCGUGCUGCGGAAAUACUACCCGCCAGAAAUGAGCAACGCGCGCGCCGCGGCCUACAACCACGACGCCCUCCCGCGCCCCAUCGAGCAGCUCGUCGCAGCACAAGAGGAGACCGCCGAGGCGCGCAGGAGCACCAAGGUCAAAGAUGCCGUGAUCCACUGGUUCAAGAUGGACCUAAGGACAACCGACAACCGCGCGCUGUGGGAGGCCAGCGAGAAGGCGGCGCAGGCGGGCGUGCCGCUGAUUUGCAUAUACAUGGUGAGUCCCAAGGACUUCGAGGCGCACCUCACGGCGCCCGUGCGCGUCGACUUCAUGCUGCGGACGCUCGAGGUCCUGAAGAGGGACCUGGCGGCGUUGCACAUACCGCUGUAUGUCGAGACGGUCGAGAAGCGCCGGGAGGUCCCCGAGCGCGUGCUCGACUUCAUGCAGGAGUGGGGCGCGAGCCAUCUGUUUGCCAAUAUCGAGUACGAGGUCGACGAGCUGCGGCGAGAGGCGAAGAUGAUCCGGAUGUGCGCUGGGAGGGGGCUUACUAUGGAGGUUUUUCAUGAUACUUGUAUUGUGCCGCCUGGCGCUCUGGCGACGGGGGCUGGGAAGCAGUAUGCCGUCUACUCGCCCUGGUACCGGUCCUGGGUUGCGCAUGUACAUGCGAAUCCGGACCUGCUGAGCACUUUCGAGCAACCGACUGCAAACCUGCCCGAGGCUCGAGACAAGGUCGCCGCAUUGUUUGAUGGCGAGAUACCCGACGUCCCGCAUAACAAGAGGUUGUCUGAGGAAGAUACGAAGAGAUUUCGCGCGAUAUGGCCAGCGGGAGAACGCGAGGCGAUCGAUCGGCUCGAAAAGUUUUGCGAGGAGAAGGUUGCGCAGUAUACAAAGAGACGCAACUUCCCGUCGGAUCCCGCAACGUCCAAUAUUUCGGUGCACCUGGCGGCUGGAACUUUGAGUGCGAGGAUGGCGGUGCGUACCGCGAGGGAUAGGAACAAGACCAAGAAACUGGAUGCUGGUGUUGAAGGCAUCCAGACGUGGAUUAGUGAGGUGGCGUGGAGGGACUUCUACAAGCACGUUUUGGUCAACUGGCCGUAUAUAUGCAUGAAUAAACCUUUCAAGCCCGAGUACUCUAACAUCGAAUGGUCCUACAACGCAGCGCACUUUGACGCCUGGUGCACAGGACGCACCGGCUUUCCCAUCGUGGACGCGGCAAUGCGCCAGGUUCGGAGCAUGGGCUGGAUGCACAACCGCUGCCGGAUGAUCGUGGCGUCGUUUUUAGCAAAAGACUUGCUCGUCGACUGGCGCAUGGGCGAGAAGUUCUUCAUGGAGCACCUGAUUGACGGCGACUUUGCGUCCAACAAUGGCGGCUGGGGCUUCAGCGCGUCCACGGGAGUCGACCCGCAACCCUACUUCCGUAUCUUCAACCCGCUGCUGCAGAGCGAGAAAUUCGACGUCGACGGCGACUACAUCCGCAAGUAUGUGCCGGAGCUUAGGGACGUCAAGGGCAAAGCUGUGCAUGACCCUUAUGGUAGGGGCGCGGGCCCACAGGCGAGAAAGGCCGGAUAUCCAGAGCCCAUUGUCGUUCACAAGGAUAGCCGGGAGCGGACUCUGGCUGCGUACAAGGCCGGUCUUGAUCGAGAUAAGCCGUAA